AUGCUUUGGGAGCGGAGGGCGCCGUCGUCGAGGCCUUCAAAAACCAAGUCGACGAGGUCCACAUGGAUCUCCUGGACCAAGUGUGCCUGGUCCCGCUCAACCUUACCGGUCCGGGCCCUUACCGGCAUCAUCGACAAACUCGUCGAGGCCCGCCGUCAGCAUAUAAUUCGAAACCUGAUGACGAGAGAAUCAAAGAGCCUCCUUGUCUAUUUUAUCGACAACUUCCGGUGGAGCGCGUAUGACAAGUGGGAGAUGCAUCCAAGGCGGUUGGACGGCCGCCAACAACGACCGGGUGGUUGGCCGUUUAACCAGGCACGGCCAGAGGCGGUCCGCCAGUUGGGUUGCCCGUGGAGGGCGCAGGGCAAUCCCCUCAUAAUAAUACCUGUGGGAAGUAGGGCCGGCCUAGAGGGCCGCAUAAGGAGGAGAGGAAAAGGCUUGAUUGUGGGUGGCGCUCGUGCCUGGAUCUGCACUAAAGUCAGCGUUGUCGAACGUUGAGUGAAGGCAUCCACACUCGCUCCAUUGCUUCGCUUCCGCAGCACCAUCAACUCGCUUCGGCAACAACAUGGCCAGUUUCAGAAACGCAAACUUAUCGGUCCUGAAACACGGAAUUGUUCUGGAAAGAAACAAAACAUCCAGCCGUUCGGCCGCCGCAUUGUCGAUCCAAAAAAGACGACGCAAAAACGAUGCACGACAUACUUGCAUGCCCGGAACCCGUCCCCGGGCUGCACGCCAAGCGGCAAGGACGCGCCCUUUCCAUUUUAGCCGGCUUGGGAGGCUAGAAUGAAGAGGAGAGACCAUGGCUGGCAACUUUCCGCGCAGUUGCGCGGCGUCGUAGAAAGAUCACCAUCGCAUCUGCGCGGCGGCGCCAUGUCCGGGGUGGUGGUGGUGGUGGUGGUGGGCUGCCACACACACACACGCACACACACACAACUCACAAAACUCGCGCACAUGCGCGCCCACGCACACGCGCGCGCAACACCGCAACACGCGGGGAGCCCGGCCAAGCCGCACGCAACACACCGCGCACCUGCGCGGGCUGCGCCGUGGCGAUGAUGCGCGGCGACGCAGCUGCGACGGUGUAACGUCAAGGCGUUUGCUCCGCUGAAGCAAGUGCAUCACACUACAGUGAGCCUCUUCAAACCUUGGGUUUUGACAUGCAUCCCACAAUUGCAUUUUGCGGCAAUGCGUAUUUUCAAAUUCCGAUGCCGUUCCUUCCCCUUGAGGCUCUCCCAUAUCGUCCGCUUAUUGAUUUUCUCCUUCUUCUCCCUUUUGUCUUAGCGCGCGCGCCAUCAAGCCACCCAC